AGAAGACGUCUCUGAAGACCCGCGGUACAUUUUAAAAGACAUGGCAGCCUCUGAACUUUACUCCAAGAAGGCCCGUGUGUGGCUCCCAGAUGCAGCAGAAGUGUGGAAGCCAGCAGAAGUUCUCAGAGAUUACUCUCCAGGCGACCUGACCCUGUCUCUGCAGCUGGAGGAUGGCACGAAAGUGGAGCACAAAAUCGACCCCCGAACGAACAACCUGCCACCUCUCAGAAACCCGGACAUCCUGGUGGGGGAGAAUGACCUGACAGCUCUCAGCUACCUUCAUGAACCAGCGGUGCUGCACAACCUUAGAGUGCGUUUCAUCGACUCCAGGCUUAUUUACACGUACUGUGGAAUCGUCCUGGUUGCCAUCAAUCCGUAUGAGAGCCUGCCUAUUUAUGAAGCCGACAUCAUCAGUGCCUACAGCGGGCAGAACAUGGGGGAUAUGGACCCUCACAUCUUUGCAGUAGCUGAGGAAGCAUACAAACAGAUGGCCAGAGAUGAGAAAAAUCAGUCCAUCAUAGUAAGCGGUGAGUCUGGAGCUGGGAAAACGGUUUCUGCUAAGUACGCUAUGCGUUACUUUGCUACAGUCAGCAGCUCCUCAGUUGAAGCCAAUGUUGAAGAGCGAGUUCUUGCAUCUAGUCCAAUCAUGGAGGCUUUUGGGAAUGCCAGGACAACGAGGAAUGACAACAGCAGUCGCUUCGGGAAGUACAUCGAGAUUGGAUUUGACAAGAAGCACCGGAUUAUUGGCGCCAACAUGAGAACCUACUUACUGGAAAAAUCUAGAGUUGUGUUUCAGUCUCAUGGAGAAAGAAACUACCACGUAUUUUACCAGCUUUGUGCCUCGUCACAUCUACCGGAGUUCAAAGCCUUCAAGUUAGGUUGUGCUGAUGACUUCUGCUGCACUAACCAGGGUCAGAGUCCGGUCAUAGAUGGAGUUAAUGAUGCCAAAGAGAUGCACAGUACCAGGAGAGCUUUCUCACUAGUGGGAAUUGGCGAUGGUGAACAAAUGGAAAUUUACCAAAUUUUGUCAGCAAUUCUUCAUCUCAGCAACGUGGAAGUGAAAGAUCAGUCUGCAGACAGAUGCAGCAUCUUGCCGAAUAAUGCCCACUUGAUGGUUUUCUGUGAGCUCAUGGGGGUACCGUGUGAAGAAAUGGCUCACUGGUUGUGUCACAAGAAGCUCAAGACGACCACAGAAACCUUUGUUAAGCCCGUUUCCAAAAUAAAUGCGGUCUACGGACGGGAUGCCUUAGCCAAACACGUUUAUGCCAAACUCUUCAGCUGGAUUGUGAACAGUAUUAACAACGCCUUAAAAUCUACAGAGAAGCAACACUCGUUUAUUGGUGUUCUCGACAUUUAUGGGUUUGAAACGUUUGACGUCAACAGCUUUGAGCAGUUUUGCAUCAAUUAUGCCAAUGAGAAGCUUCAGCAGCAGUUCAACUUGCACGUGUUCAAACUCGAGCAAGAAGAGUACAUGAAAGAGGAGAUCUCUUGGACUUUGAUUGACUUCUUUGAUAACCAGCCCUGCAUCCACCUCAUUGAGGCCAGACUGGGCAUCCUGGACCUUCUGGACGAGGAAUGCAAAAUGCCCAAAGGCUCCGAUGACACGUGGGCUCAGAAACUGUACAACGCCUUACUGAAGCAGAACGCUCACUUUGAUAAACCCAGGUUAUCAAACAGGGCUUUCAUCGUCCAUCACUUUGCUGACAAGGUGGAGUACCAGUGUGUGGGCUUCCUGGAGAAAAAUAAGGACACAGUCAACGAGGAGCAAAUCAACGUGCUGCAAAAGAGCAAGUUUGAUUUGCUGCUGAAGCUGUUUGAGGAUGAAGACAAAGCCAAAGUUUCUGCCAGCAGAUCUUCUGGCAUCACUGGGAGAGCUGGGCAGAAUCAGCGGGAUACAAAGAAGACUGUUGGACUGCAGUUUCGACAGUCUCUACAAUUGCUAAUGGACACGUUAAAUUCUACAACGCCUCAUUACGUACGCUGCAUCAAACCAAAUGACCUUAAAGCCCCCUUCACCUUAGACUCUGUGAGGGCUGUGCAGCAGCUUCGUGCAUGUGGCAUCCUGGAAACAAUUCGUAUUUCUGCAGCAGGCUUCCCAUCCAGAUGGACUUAUCAGGAAUUCUUCAGUCGUUAUCGUGUCCUCAUGAAGCAUAAAGAAGUGCUUCCGGAUAAAAACCAAACCUGCAAAAACCUAAUGGAAAAACUUAUAAAGGACCAGAAGAAGUACCAGUUUGGCAAAAACAAGAUCUUCUUCAGGGCUGGACAGGUGGCUUUCUUAGAGAAGCUCCGUUCUGACAAACUGCGUCUGGCUUGUGUCUCCAUCCAGAAGACAAUCCGCUGCUGGCUCACCCGCAGGAAGUAUCUGAGGAUGAGAGAAUCUGCCAUCACUGUUCAGAAAUAUGUGCGGGGUCAUCAAGCACGCAGGUAUGUGAAGUUUCUGAGGCAGACCAGAGCAGCUGUUGUGAUCCAGCGAAACGUUCGAAUGUGGACAAGAAGAAGAUGCUUCCUGCAGCAGCGCUCUGCAGCUAUCACCAUUCAGUGUUUCUGGAGAGCUCACAUGGCCAGGAAGCUGUACUAUCAGCUGAUAUACGAGCGCAAGGCCGUGAUCAUUCAGAAGUGGGCGAGAGGCUGGCUGGCCAAGUGGCGUUACAGACGCACCCUGUCAGCCAUCAUCCUGCUGCAGAGCUGUGUGCGCCGCAUGAGGGCCAAGAAAGAACUGAAGAAGCUCAAAGUGGAGGCGCGCUCCGUGGAGCACUUCAAGAAGCUCAAUGUCGGCAUGGAAAACAAGAUUCUGCAGCUGCAGCACAAGAUAAAUGAACAGCAAAAAGAAAACAGGGAGCUCAGUGAGAGGUUCGGCGUUCUGGAGAAGACCCACGCUGCUGAGAGAGACAGACAGAGCAGAGAGAUCGAAAACCUGCAGAGGUCAGAGCAGGAGGCCAGAGCCACAGCAGAGACGGUUCCCUCGCUGCUGGAGCGGCUCUCCUUCCUUCAGCACGAGCUGGAAAACACCAGCAGAGAGAAGAAGGAGCUGGAGGAGCAGACACAGGUCUACAAGGAGCAAACGCAACAGGUUGUAGCUGAGCUUAACAUGAAGAAUGACUUGUUAACGAGCAACAUAGACGAGCUGAACCAGGAGGUCUUGAAACAAGCUCAACAGUUAACAGAGAUUAAAACAACGUCUGAGAGCACCAAAGAGCUGGAGAAAGACCUGACUGAGGAGCGUUCUCGAUACCAAAGUCUGCUGAGUGAACACCUGCAACUUGAGGACCGGCACAAGGACCUGAAGGAAGAGAUGAGUCUCAGUAUUAAUUCAAGCAAAUUUAGUCACAAAAGGACGGACUCCAACUACAGCAGUAACUCAUCCGAGUUUUCUCCGAGCUUAAGCUCAACUGAAGGUGAAGAUGGCUCCAUCCACACAGAGGAAGAGAUGCAGAAAAAAGUGGACGUGACGAUUCUGCUUAAGCUCCAGAGGAGAGUGAAGGAUCUGGAGGAGGAAAAUCGAUCACUUUGGCAGCAGCUGGACACAAAAGAAGAAGCCCAACAAGAAAAGGCAAAAGUGGAGGAGCAGAGGAGUGUUGGCAGAACAGAACUGGACUUGGAGAAAUUAAAGCGACAAGAACUGGAGUCCGAGAACAAGCAGUUGAAGCAGAAUUUAAGUGAGCUGCGGAAGUCUCUGACCAGUGAGAACAGCGAUGUAGCGCCCCCCGCCCCAGGUUCUUUGCCCUACAACAUCCUACUGGAACAACUCGGUUCCUCCAACGAGGAGCUGGAGAUGAGAAAAGAGGAAGUGCUGCUGCUCCGCUCACACAUGGUUCGUCAGGAGGCUCUAAAACACAAGGUGAGAAGUUCAGUGUCUCACUUUUACUAAUACAGUCAGAAAGAAUGAAUUGACAUUCAUACACUGAAUGAAGAUGGAGAGCUGUGGCUGGCUUAUGAAGGUUUGAAAGAGACCAACAGGCUUCUGGAGUGUCAGAUGCAGGAGCAAGAGCAUCUUCAGAAUGAGAAGUACAGGAAGCUCAUUGAGGAGAUGAACAAACUGAGGGCUGAAAAGGAGCAGCAGCAGAAACUGUUGUCUCAGAGCCUUCAUAUGUCUGAAGAUGCUAGAGUUGAAGCAAGCCUGAAGCAUGAGAUCACACGGCUCACUGCUGAGAACCUGGAACGAAUGGAGCAACAAGAAAAUCAAGACAAAAUCAUACGCAAGUUGAAAAAACAACUUAAAAUUUACAUGAAAAAAGUGGAAGAUUUUGAAGAGAAUUGUCAGCAGAUGAGCGGUGCCUCUGUGCCCGUCAGACCGGUGAACAUCCCCCGCAAGGAGAAGGAGUUCCAGGGCAUGCUGCAGUUCAAGGAGGGGGACUCAAGCCGCUUGUUCAAGAAUCUGAUCAUAGAUUUGAAGCCUCGCGGUGUAGCCGUCAGCUUCACUCCAUGUCUUCCUGCCUACAUCAUCUUCAUGUGCCUUCGUUACGCAGACAGCGUGAGUGACGACGGGAGAGUCAGCACUCUCCUCAACACUACCAUCAGCAGCAUCAAGGGGGUCAUAAAGAGGAAAGGAAAUGACUUAGAAGUUGUUUCUUUCUGGCUGGCCAACACGUGCAGGUUGAUGCACUGUCUUAAGCAGUACAGUGGAGAAGAGGUCUUCGUCAUGCACAAUACUGCUAAGCAGAAUGAACAAAGUCUGGCUAAUUUUGAGCUAUCUGAGUACCAUCAGCUUUUUGGUGAUCUGGCCAUCCAGAUUUACCGUCAGCUCAUCAAAUGCAUGGAGAACAUCUUGCUGCCCAUCAUAGUGGCGAGCAUGCUGGAGCAUGAGACAAUACAGGGAGUUCUAGGGGCCAAACCCACAGGCCUGAGAAAGAGGAGCAGCAGUUUCCCUGAGGAGGAGGCUGUGACCGUGGAGCUCCUCCUGCAGCGCCUGACCUUCUUCCACACCACCAUGAGUCAACAUGGGAUGGACUCGGACCUCAUCAGACAGGCGGUCAGGCAGCAGUUUUACAUCGUCUGCUCGGUCACACUCAACCACCUGCUGCUGCGGAAGGACAUGUGCUCGUGGAGUAAAGGGCUGCAGAUCAGGUACAAUGUUUGGCAGCUGGAGGAAUGGCUGAUGGAGCGGGAGCUGACCAACUGUGGUGCAAAGGAGAUGCUGGAGCCUCUGAUCCAGGCUGCACAGCUCCUGCAGAUCAAGAAAAAGACCGAAGCAGACGCUCGAGCGAUCUGCAGCAUGAGCACCGCCCUCACCACAGCACAGAUUGUUAAAAUCUUGACCCUGUACACGCCGGUGAUUGAGUUUGAAGAACGCGUCUCAAACACCUUCAUCACAAUGAUUAAAAGCCUUUUGAAAGACAGGGAAGAGUCUUCAUCCACUUUAACAAUGGACGCCAAGAAAAUCUUCUCUGUGACGUUCCCAUUCACUCCUUCCUCUGUGGCUCUGGAGACCAUCCAGAUCCCUGUGAGCUUUAAUCUGGGCUUCCUUACCCGCAUCUAGAUCGGACCUGUGACGAUUCAUGUUUAAAAUCUGUUUACCAGAGGACAAAGACGGAACACUAAAGAGUUUGUAUCUGUAAGAAUAUUACUCUGAUAAGCUGGUGCAACAAAACAAACAAAAAAAAACCAAGCAGGAUUAGGUUAUUUAUAUAUAUUUCUUAUAAAUGUAACACCAAAGAGUAACGCAUUUCUAAGCAGAAGAUAUGCAAAAAAGCCUUCAAAGGUCAUCUUGUUGCUAUCAAGUUGGAGUUUCAUUCAAAAAAAAUUGUAGUUAUGUGCAAUAUCUAGAUGUUGAUGCUGAAUGUGAAUGUCCUGCUGUUUUAUAUCCAGUGUCAAAUAUUUCUACAUUUGCUAACAUUAUGGUAUUUUUGCCCCAAAACGCAGGAGAACGAAAAAAAAAAAAAAAAAAUUGUAUUCAAGUGGUUUUCAUGUUGUGGGUCAG